CACCUGCACCAUGAGUCUCCUACUCAUCAUGCAUGCAUUCCCACCAUGGAAGUAUUAUCAAUAGUACAUUACAUGUACACCCCUUCCUGACCAUCUAGACUGGUGGUUUUACUACUUGGGAGGCUGGCUAUAAAUGGCCGGCCAUGACAUAUGCAUGCCUCCCUCUACACAACACAACACAUCACCACACCACCACUGGUCCACUGCUUCUCUUCUCCCCCUCUCCCCACUGCCAAACUUUUCUGGGAGAGCUAGGCAAGAACUGAAGAACCUCUCUUCUCCCACCUCUAGCUCCAGACUAAGAAGUUCAAGAUCAGCAAUGGCCAUGCACCAUCUCGCCCAGGGGCACCCCCAGGCGUGGCCGUGGGGGGUGACCAUGUACACCAACCUGCACUACCACCAGCACCGGUACGAGAGGGAGCACCUGUUCGAGAAGCCUCUGACGCCCAGCGACGUGGGCAAGCUCAACAGGCUGGUGAUCCCCAAGCAGCACGCGGAGAGGUAUUUCCCCCUUGGCGGCGGCGAGGGCAGCGAGAAGGGCUUGCUGCUGGCCUUCGAGGACGAGGCCGGCAAGCCGUGGAGGUUCCGGUACUCGUACUGGACCAGCAGCCAGAGCUACGUGCUCACAAAGGGCUGGAGCCGGUACGUGAAGGAGAAGCGCCUCGACGCCGGCGACGUCGUGCGCUUCGAGCGGGUGCGCGGCGGCCUUGGUGUCGGCGACCGCCUCUUCAUCGGCUGCAGGCGCCGUGGCGAGAGCGCAGCACCAGCGCCGAAGCCUCCGCCGCCCGUGCGCGCCCCGGCACCCGCGCUCAACGCCGGCGAGCAGCAGCCGUGGAGCCCGAUGUGCUACAGCACGUCGGGAUCGUCGUACCCCACCAGCCCGGCCAGCCCCUACGCCUACCAUAGCGACAUGACCCACGCAGGCGAGGCGGACGCCAAGAGCAGCGGCACGCCUACAGCACCGUCGAGGAAGCUCCGGCUGUUCGGCGUGAACCUCGACUGCGGCCCAGAGCCAGAACCGGAGGCGGAGGCGGCGACGGCGGCAAUGUACGGCUAUUUGCACCAGAGCCCUUACUCUGCAGUGUCCACAGUGCCAAAUUACUGGGGCAGUUCAUAGGACAGAGGAAAGAGAUCUGAGGCCAUGCUUGCAGAAUCCUUACAACCAGCAAUGAAGAAACUAGCUUCCAGCCUACCACUACUACUGCUCUGUAGUCUGUCUGUACUGAGUGACAGGUUUGAAUUGACCUGUGGAAUGAAAAGGAAGGGAGUGAAAGAGAUCCCUUGUUUCCCGGGCAAUCUUCCUUCCGUCAAGAAUGCCCCUUUUCUUUCUUGUUGCCUUCCAGAAACCCUACGUGCAGUACGGGUCGGGCCGGGCCCCUUGCAGCCGCAGCAGCAGGUAGUAGCUAGUUGGAGGUUUCAGGAAACAUCAGGUUGAAAAGGAGAGGUAGAGACUGAGGGAGUGAGGGAUGGUGACACACAUGAAAAAAACAAAAGGACAUGCCUACAAGCAUGUAUGUGUUUGUCAUCUGUAGUAGGAGUAUGUGAGAUGUGGGUGGGCCCAAGAACAAACUGUGAUGCAUGAAGUUGAUGUAUCUGACUAUCUUCUCCUUAGCCCCUGCCUCCUUCUAGGAACAAAGAAAUGUCCUUAUGGAGACUUGUUCUCUCCCUGACUCCCCUUUA